AUACGAACGGUCUUGCUCAUAGCAUUCCUACAUUUUGAUUGUUCAUAACCUUGUUUCUGUCAUUGGGAGAGGUGAGAGCUGGAGAAGCUUGCAAUGUCGGAGAACAACCUGCUGGUAGCCGACAGGACAAAGAGAUAUGACAUUCCUCUUGGCCAUCUAGAUUAUGGUUACAUUGAGACAUGUCGUGAUGUGAAGGAACUAGAGAAGAUCCUGAUAAUUCUUAGGAGUGGAGAAGAAGGCGUCUAUCCUGAUUUAGAGAAAACUUGUGAAAAUCGACUGACAAGCUUGAACCCAAAGAGUCGUGUACUGAGAAAAGCAGACCCUUUACUGAAACCCUCAGAUCUAGAGAAGGAUGAAUGGGAUGAAAUUGGCCGAGGGCUGGAGAACUGGACAUCAAGUAUGAAAUACAUGGAUGAUUCCAUCAGCUCGAAAAAGUCUGUCCCCACAAAACCUAAGGGAGAGGAGUUUGAUGACAGUGACCUUCCACCAAUCAGAUCCAGUGUAACAUCAAUUAAUGGGUCUGCUGUCAAUGGCACAUCCAAUGAGACAGAACAGACAAGAAAGAGUAAUAAGAGAGUAAAGCCAAGAGACUAUAAGGAAUGGGAUAAAUUUGACGUAGACAAAGAAUUAGAAAAGGUUGAGGAAGAGCAGGAAAAGAAGCAACCUGUUACAAAAGCUGUUCCUGAUAUUGAGAGUCAGCUUAGCUCAGCAGGCAUGUCUGAGGAGGAAAAGUUGAUGAAGGCCACCAGAGAAAAAGACAAGGGCAAUGAGGCAUAUCGAGCAGGGGAUUAUGAGGAAGCCAUCUUGUACUACUCACGCAGUAUUUCACUGAUGCAAAUAGCAGCAUCCAUCAACAACAGGGCUUUAGCCUAUCUGAAGAUACAGAAAUGGGAUAAAGCCCUGUUUGACUGUCGUGUGGUGCUGGAUAUGGAGCCUAAUAACAUCAAAGCUUUGCUCAGAAGAGGAUCUGCCUUCAAAGGGAAGAAGGAGUAUGGAAAGGCCCGAGCUGACUUUCAGCGAGCCCUGGAGUUGGAGCCUGCUAACAAACGUGCAGAGGAAUUGUUGGAAGAACUUGAGACUAUAGAUAAAGAAAAGGAAGAAGAGAAGAGAAAACGGAAAGAAAAGGGACGGAGAAUGGUAAUUGAGGAAGUUGAAGGAGAGGAAGAAGACAGUGGAGCUGACUCUGAAAAUAAAUCACAAGAUCUGCCUAAUGAGCAAAUUAAUGGACAUCACUCUACCGAGGAGUUUAAUAAUGGUAAAGAGAAAGUAGAAUUAAGGAUUGGAGGUGAUCAAAUGUUGAAUGAUGGUAUUAGUGAAGAGACUGAUUCUAUGGUGGAGGAAAAGGGUGAUGUGAAUACAGAGUGUGACAGACUAAUGUCACCCAUUGUGUCAGAGGUAGAGGAGUCAGAAAGUAGUGACAAGUUGACAAACACAUCCAAUCAGAAAGCAAGUGAAAAACUUACAGAAGCAGAGUUAAAUCAACAUCAUGAUGAAAGAACUAGUCCUGAAAACAAAAAUGACAUCACACAAGCUAAACAUUCAGGCAUAGAAUUCUCACCUCUGGCUGAAAAGGACAAAACAACAGCAAGUGAAGAAGCAGUUAAAACUACAGAUGUUGGAGAUGAAAAAAUGACAGAAAAAGUUCCUGAGAGACAAGUUCUUGUACAGACAGAGCUACCCUCAAAUGUGGCUCAGUUGCGUGAAUCUGGAAACAAUCUGUUUCGCAAUGGACAAUAUGGUGAUGCACUGGCAAAAUAUAACUCUGCCAUAGACAAACUAGAAAAAGUGAAAUCGGACCAAGCUGUGAACUUGUCCUUACUGUACAGUAACCGUGCUGCGUGUGAGCUGAAAGUCGGUAACUGUUCAGCUUGUAUACAGGACUGUGAGAAGGCAUUAACACUUGUCCCUCAUUCCAUCAAACCACUCCUUCGCCGUGGCAGUGCCUAUGAAAUAAAGGAAAGAUACCGCGAGGCAUAUGUGGAUUAUAAACAUGUGCUGACAGUGGACCCAUCAGUGGAAUCAGCUUUUGCUGGAUCAACAAGAUGUCAGGACGCUUUGAGGAAUGCAGAUGGCAUAAGAUGGCGGGAAAAGUUACCUCCCUUAAAGUCUUUCUCUACUUGGGAGAUUCCUUUGGUAGUUGAUACCUCAGGGAACCCUGUCUCCAGAUCUGUGACUACACCUACUGCUCCUAGAGGUCCUACAGUCAACGAAAGUAAAACACCUCAGGAUGUAGCAUCAACUUCCUCAGCACCAUCUUCAUCAGCAACAUCACCAAAGACAGAACUUACAACUGAAGAGAAAUUUGAGAAUGCAAAAACAGAAGGAAAUAAGUGUGUUCAGAAGGGAGAUUUUUUGAAGGCUAUUGACUGGUAUACAGACUGUAUAACUUUGAUGUCUGACAGGGCAGUGGGUUAUACCAACAGAGCCCUAUGUUACCUACGGCGUAAUCAGCCUUCAAGUGCAGAAGAGGACUGCAAUAAAGCACUGGAGAUGGAAGCUGACAACAUCAAGGCACUAUUCCGACGCAGUCAGGCUCGAAAGAUGAUGAAGAAGUAUAUUGACAGUCUGGAGGAUUUAACGCAUCUACUCAAAAUUGACCCCAAAAAUGCAGCAGCAAAGAAGGAGAUGACUCUGGUGAAGAACUACUACAGAGAGGAACUUCAAAAGAUGAAGGACAGUUUGGGUUCAUCACCAAAGACUGGAACAUCCAAAAUAGCUGGUGAUGGUAAACAGAGGAAACGGAUGGUGAUACAAGAGACGGAAUCAGAUGAAGAGGAGGAGGACAGUUCAAAGGUCAAAUUUUCCAAUGUUAAGUCUGGUCCCAAAGAAAAAGCUGCCAGCAAGACUCCCCAGACAGCUUCAGCAAAGAAAUCAGAAACAAAAACAGAAAAGAAAGGAAAGAAGAUGGUUAUAGAGGAGAUACAGUCAUCUGUUAAAGGUUCAGACCAACAGAAAGCUCCAGAAAAAGCAAAGUCAUCCCAGAAAUCUGAGAAGAGACCUAACCAAAGUAAAACUAUCAAGUCAACCAGUACAGGACUACCAGUGGUGCCACCUAGUGCUCCAAAACUUGACAAGGCCACUCCAUAUGAAUUCAUCCAGGCAUGGAAUUCUCUGAAGAAGGCAGAGGAUCAUCAGCCCUAUGCAGAUUUACUAAAGCAGAUCUCACCAGCCGAGUUACCUAAAGUGAUCAGUAACAAACUAGACGGUCCGAUGCUCACAACCAUUGUACAGUGUUUAGAGUCAAAGUUCACAGGAGAGCUAGAAACAACAUAUGAGAUAUUGACAAAUUUGUCAAAAGUGCAGAGAUUCAAGACCAUAUCAAUGUUUAUGUCAAAGUCAGAAAAAUCAGUUGUUGAGCGUAUUGUGACAAGGCUACAGAAUCACAAAUCUGAGGUGUAUGAUCAAUCCGAUCUGACUAAGUUAAAGAAAAGCUAUGAUGUAAGAUGAUGGACUGUGCUGUUAUAAUGGGAUUAAGGUGCAAACUUCUGUAUUUGGACUUUCUCUGUGUUAAAAUCAGGAUGUUUUAAGUUCCAUCGGUGCUGAAUGUUGUUCUAACAUUUACAUCACUUCGAUCAGAAUGCUAUACUGUUAAGAAUUUUACCCUGGUUAAUACAAAAUAAUUCAAUAAUCAUGAAUCUUCAUUUAAUUAACACUUAUAUGCCAGUAAUUAAAACGCAUUCAACAUUUGUAAUGGUAUUAGUAAGAUAUCUAGAAUUUUGAAGAUAUUUGAUAAUGACAUCGUGUGUUUGACAUUUUUAUUUAAUUACAAGUUAUAUAGUUCUUACAUAGAUACAACUUCAACACAGUGAUAUUUGCUCAAAUUAUAACUUUUACUGGUAGUCAUUGACCCCAAGUCAUAUGACCUUAUAUCACAUAAAGCAGGUGUACUGUCCAAUAGGCACCAUGUAUUUCAGAACCUGUCUACUCUGAAAUUUUUUGCCAACUUUGAAAUAGGAUCUUUUGUCAAAUUAGACUGUCCUUAAUUUAUCUCCAUCCUGUCCAGUCUAAUCUAUUCAUGUCCAUCCUGUCCAGUCUAAUAUAUCCAACAUCAAUGUCAUCACAGAAGGAUUCCUUUAUUAAGUCAUUGGGUCAAAGGUUAUACCAGAUUAAGGAGAAAAAUGCUUGAAAAUACAAUGUACCUCAGUUAGGUUCAAGGAUCAAUUUUAGAAGGUCAAUGUCAUCAUUACUAUUUAUAGAAAUGUAUUUACAAAUUCAUUGUUAGUGCACAAGCCACUUGAUUUCUUUGGUCAGAUACCGGUAUUAGAAAUAGCUAUAAGUUGAUUUCAGCUGUGUUGGUCAAUAAUAUUCAGGCAGUAUUAUGUUUACAUCAGUGUAUAAUACUUACAUAUUGAUAUAUAGAUCCAAUAGACUAUACCCUAAACUGAACACAUAUCCUGGUCUCAGUUUUAUAAGGACCUCUAUAUGACAAGUAUCAGAGGGAGAUAACUCAUCUUAUCUUUAAAUAGUAUUGAUCAAGUUAUUCCUGUAGGAAAUAAAACAUCUCAGUUUUAGCUAUUUUCUUUACAGCAAUUCCUCAUUGUAACAUGGGAAACCUUAACUAUAGUUUCAGUUAAACAAGGAAAUGCUUGUAAUAAAUCCUUAAAGAGAGUUUGUAAAUAUAAGUAAACUUUUUUUAUAAAAUAUUUACCAUGUGUAUAAUCAUGAUUGCCAUGACUGUGUGUAUGAUUGUGAUAUGUCUUAAUAUACGAUUGUCAUAUGUUCAUAAUUGUUCCAUGUAUUUCUAUGGUUGCGAUAUGUAUAAUUGUGUGGUUGCCAUAUGUAUAAUUGUGUUGUGUAUAAUUGUGUGUUGUAUGGUAGUGAUAUGUAUAAUUGUGUGGUUGUGUUGUGUAUAAUUGUGUGGUUGUGUUGUGUAUAAUUGUGUGGUUGUGUUGUGUAUAAUUGUGUGGAUGUGUUGUGUAUAAUUGUGUGGUUGUGAUGUGUAUAAUUGUGUGGUUGUGAUGUGUAUAGUUGUGUGGAUGUGUUGUGUAUAAUUGUGUGGAUGUGUUGUGUACAGUUGUGUGGUUGUGAUAUGUAUAAUUGUGUGGUUGUGUUGUGUGUCAUUGUGUGGACGUGUAGUGUAUCAUUGUGUGGUUGUGUUGUGUGUCAUUGUGUGGACGUGUAGUGUAUCAUUGUGUGGUUGUGUUGUGUAUAAUUGUGUGGUUGUGAUAUGUAUAAUUGUGUGGUGUGGUAACAUCAAUAUCUGUAAUCAUAGAUGAGUUGCAUGUUUAAUGUAUAAUUGAGUUUUUGUCUUUCUACCACAAUGCUUAGAGAACAUUAAGUCAUACGACCACUGUUGUGAUGUCACAGCAUUUGGCCAUGUGAUUACAAUUGUGAUAUCACACCAUUAGAUCAUGUGAUCACUUUUGUGAUAUCACACCAUUAGAUCAUGUGAUCACUGUUAUGAUGCUACCAUAUGAUCAUGUGAUCACUAUUUUGAUAUCACCAUUAGAUCAUGUGAUCACUAUUAUGAUAUCACACCAUGAGAUCAUGUGAUCACUGUUAUGAUGCUACCAUAUGGUCAUGUGAUCACUGUUUUGAAGUUAACAAUACUUGCAUUACUGCUACAGUAAAAAUAAAAAGGCAAACAACGCACAACUUAGAAAUGUAGAUGCUUUAACAUACAGGUAUUUCUAGAGCUCCAAAAACUUAAAUAAGAGCGUAAUUGUAUAGAAUCAAACCCAGCAAUCAUAGCAGUAUGAUGUGACUAGGACUGUAGGUUAAACUAAUGGCUUGUAUUUGUAGGGUACACUGAAUGUAUGUAUUAUUGAUGUGCUGUUGUAUAGUGAUAACAAGAGCUGCUACAAGCAUUCUUGAAUGAUUAUUUGCAUAAUUUGAACAAUAGUAUUUAAGAAUUGCUUUUGUUGGAAGUCAAAGAGGACUUAAGAUGAAAUCACUGUUAUUUAUAGUAUAAUUGUUUGUUGAUGGGGCUUCAAAUUAAACUGAUGUUAUGUAUGAUGCUUUUAAACAAUGUUCAGUUUGUUGUGAUGUACAGUUUAACAUGUGUAUACAAGUUAUGAUAUUCAGUCACAGUACUUCUAGUUAAAACCUUCCUAAUAAGGACUCUUGUCUGCUAUUUUAGCACAAUGAUUUACAUGUAGCUAUGACUAAAUGUCACAGCUUAACAUGACCAGUUAUAAUACUGAAAGGCAUGUUUUUUUUACUUACCCUGAACAUGUUUUUAUACUGGUAUUCUUAUUUUCUUAAAUUACAAUUUUUUUGCAUGAUCAGAUUCGUCAUAUUUUCAGUACAACAGUGUAUGAUCAUCUUUCUUCAAAAAAUAAUGCAAAAAAAGGAAGUGGUUUUAAUAAUUGAAUUGAUAAAGUACAUGUAUAUCAUUCAAGUGCUAAGAUUGACCCACCAAAUUAAACUGAACACUUGCAUCAACAGCCCAAUCAUUCAGUACAAUGUGGGUUUGACAACAGGUUAAACUGUACAUAUAAGAUGUAUGAAAGGAAACAAUUAGACAAACAAAAAGAGAAAUUGUUUUAAAUGUCAUAUGGAAAUGUACAUGACAAAUAAUAUAUUAAAGUGAUUUCAUAUUUA